AUGUUAAAGGGAAAUCUUGAUUUAACAACACCAUCACAUCAUCAACCAACAUCUAAAAAAAACUGCGAAAAAACUAUGCAAAUAAUACAUUUACACAAUUUAUUGGAACAGCAACGUCGUACAUUUCAAGACGUGAUAACAUCAUUAUCAUAUUUAAUCGGUGGACCAGUUCCUACUGUUGGAAAAACCAAAAAACGUCGUACUGAAGGUUAA